GGCCUACGCAGCGCGAGGGCUGGGCCGGCGGUUAUAAAUCCCCGGAGCAAACCGCCGCCGCGCGCUUCGGUCCCGAGUCCUUGGCGGGGGCGGCGAGUUGGCUGGGAGCCAGCGGGGCGGGAGCGAGGCGCCGCCGCCGCUGGCGAAAGAAGAAUCCCAAAGAAUGUCGGCACUGAACUGGAAGCCAUUUGUUUAUGGAGGCUUAGCAUCAAUCACUGCAGAAUGUGGUACUUUCCCAAUUGAUCUGACCAAAACACGUCUCCAGGUUCAAGGUCAAACUAAUGAUGCCAAAUUUAAGGAGAUUCGUUACAGAGGAAUGGUGCAUGCACUAGUGAGGAUAUGGAGAGAAGAAGGGUUGAAAGCACUGUAUUCUGGGAUUGCCCCUGCAAUGUUACGCCAGGCUUCAUAUGGAACAAUAAAAAUAGGCACUUACCAAAGCUUGAAGAGAGUGUUUGUUGAGCAACCAGAAGAUGAAACACUGGUGAUAAAUGUAUUAUGUGGCAUUCUUUCGGGGGUGAUUUCAUCAUCUAUUGCCAACCCUACAGAUGUUUUGAAGAUCAGAAUGCAGGCCCAAGGCAGUGUGAUUCAAGGAGGAAUGAUGGGCAAUUUCAUACAAAUUUACCAAAAAGAAGGCACUAGAGGACUAUGGAAAGGGGUGUCCCUAACAGCUCAGAGAGCUGCUAUUGUUGUGGGAGUAGAGCUGCCGGUCUAUGAUCUCACCAAGAAACACAUAAUUAUGUCUGGACUCAUGGGAGACACUGUAUAUACUCACUUUCUCUCAAGCUUCACCUGUGGAUUAGCUGGAGCACUUGCAUCAAAUCCAGUUGAUGUUGUGAGGACACGGAUGAUGAAUCAGAGAAGAUUUCAAGAUGGCACACAUUCAGGGUACAAGGGCACUUUGGAUUGCUUGUUACAAACAUGGAGGUAUGAAGGCUUUUUUGCUUUAUAUAAAGGAUUCUGGCCAAACUGGUUGAGACUCGGUCCUUGGAAUAUUAUCUUCUUUUUGACAUAUGAACAGCUGAAGAAAUUGGAUUUCUGAAAGAUGCUAGAUUGUGUAAUAAAUCAGUAAACUGUGCUGACGUGGUUUUUGAACUCAAGGCAUCUUUUUAAAGAUGCUCUUCAGUGUUUUCUCAUCGGAGCAUAGGACUUGCUGGCAAAACGCAGGAAGAUCAUCGGAAGAACAUCGCAAAUCAAGACCAUACAUAAAAUCAUCUCAGAACUGUGGAUGCUUAACUGAUAUGCCAAAUGCUAUGCACCAAUUAUUGAAAUAGAACUUCAAGUUGGCAAUACUCCUCUAUCAACUGUUAAAAUGCUGUUAGACAUAAUGUAUGGUACAACUCCAAAGUUUUUUCUGGUGAAAUGUUGUACUUCUGGAUGAAAUUUUAAUAGGAAAAGAGCUACAUCUGUUUGUCCAGAGGUAAGUAGAUAAUAGAAGAACCUCACUCUUUUGUCCAUGUUCAUGAAACUUGAUACAUUAAUGUGGUCAUAAAUAGUUGAUUACACUUCUGAAAUCUUCGAUGCCUUGGAGUUCAAGUGCAGGACACUGAAAAUUUUAUUCCUAGUGACUCCAGAUCUUUGUAAAAUAUUUGUUAAAUGAACUUCUGGAUUCAGAGUACAUGUCUGCUUUCUAUCAUGUAUAUGUAACUUGCAUUGGGAGCAAUGAAGCUUCAGUUUAACAUAACUUGUUACUGUCACCAUUUUACAUGUUUGAGAAAAGUCUGGCAUUUUUUAAGAUACCUUAUUCUUGGCCUUCAAUAGAAGGGAUUCUGACAUGUUUCAUCAAGAAAUUAAUAUCUAUAGACUUUUUAAAAAAUGUAGUAAAAAUAGAGCAUUCACUCUCUCAUCUGCCUCUUGUGCAAGAGGGAAUUAAUUUUCCAAUAGUUGUUUGAUUCUUAUGAAGAGGAUCUGCUUUAAGCAGUUAGUGGCUGUCACACAUCACUUGAAAGUUGAAUGCUACACAUUGAGCCAAUUGAACCACUAGAAAGCUCAAGAAAUGCAGAUGUUUACGUACAGAGAGUGUACAUCCAAAAGAGGCAAUCUAAUGUAUUGCUGCCUUCCUAAACAAGAAUUAUAGGAGAAUUGUGCUCAUCAGUGUUGAUCCUUUUCAUUUAGCAAAAUGAAUUCAGUUGAAGUUACUUUAAUAGAACUUCUUUUAAGAGCAGUAUGAGUUGACUUCUGUGUAGGUUCUACUUUUUCUUUGAAUUGUGCAACAAAAUGUUCUGCCAUAAACUAAAGAAAAUUUAGUAUCAGGAUUACUGUGUGAAUGCAAUUUAUUCAGUUACAAAAGCAUGGGAGUGAGUGAAAAAUGCCUAUUCUAGGCUUGCAGUGUAGGAUUAGUAAGUGUACAGUUAGUUGUGGUGUAUGGAGAUUUCAUCUUGAAACAUUCAUUACAAUAUCUGCAUAUUCAUACAUUCCACUUAAAGCAAUUCAUGUUCUAGUGUGGAUUUCACUCUUAAUAUUUCAUUGUUUAAAUGGUUGGUUUCAAGAUGCACAAAGUAGGUAUUUUUUUAAAUGCACAAGGCACUUUUCUUCUGAAAAUACCAAGUGUUAAGGUAAAAGCAUUACUUUUCAAAGUGUUUGAAUAUUUUAAAGGUAAAAAUUAUAAUGCAGUUAUGCUUGUGUGUGCUGUCUGUAUUACUGCAAUUCUACUUUUUUGUAGAAAUCUCUAAAAUGUUUUGUACAGAAUGUAAAACAAAAUUAAGGAUAUAUCAUUUAAACUUUUUAGAACUUAAACACUUUUUAGAAUGAGUAAAAUGCAUUGCCGCUAAGUUGAGGGAUGUUUGCUUACAAAUGGAACCUAGGGAUCGUUCUGAGGCAUUUGGUUAGAGUGUAAUUAGGAUGGUCAGUAAGAAUUUUCUGCUGUUACUGCAAACUAUGUUCUAAUUCAUCAUUUAGCUAAUUAAAAUGGGGUUCCUGUAACUAAAAAUGUAUAUUUCAGACAGUCUCAAUAGGCUAAUAGUAACAAAAAUCAUGUGGGAAGUCUGAGCUAAUUCACUUCUAGUUUGGCAGGCUUGUAGACACAAGGGCUCCAUGAUGGUAGACAGGGUCAGACUGUCUUUUAGAUUUUCAGUACCCCCCACUGCUUAACACCAGAAUCUUUGAUCCCAGUUGGAAUGCCUUUGUUUGUAAAGGGUUGCUGUGGGUAAAAUGGAAAUCCUGACAGUAACUACAAGUGUUUAGAAGUCCUCGCAGUUCUCAGUGUCUCCUAUGCUGCCCUGAUGUUAGUGUUCCUCAACCUUUUCCAAACCAUGACUCCAUGUUACAACAGAAAAGUCUUGGGACCGCAUUCCCAUCUAAUUAUAGAGAAGAGGAAUGUUUGCAAUUUCCCAGAGUGAGAUCCCAUGCCACAGAUAUUGAAAACACUGGCCUACAAUCAUAAAUGGCAUGAAGGCAUCAAAAUAGCCUUGCCCAGCAGUGCCAGGGCUCUUAAACAACUUCUCCUAAGGAAAAGUCUGAGGGGAAAAAAGACAUUUAAGCUAAGUUAAAUGUUUGAAAUUAUCAGUUGUAAUUGUACUUUCACCUACAUAUUAGUAUUAAUAGUAUGAGCCUCUUGCAGAAAUGUUCUGUUUUCCUGGUAUGACUGAAUUCUCGAUGCUGCUUGAUGUGCAGAAUGGGCAGGUUACCCCAAUCCACUGUACCAUAAAGUUGAGUUAGUGGGCAGAGUAUAUGCAAGUAUAUUGUUCCAUUUGCAGCAAUAUGUACCACCUAUCAAAUGACAUUAUUGACCUUUCAUGCUGCAACUUAUCACAUUGAAAGGGAUAUGCAAAUAUUAAGAAAAUCACCAAAGCAAUUAUCUUUAUUGUGCCAAAAAUCGACUUAUAGGAUUGCAUCACUUUGUUUUCAUAUUACAUCAUAUCAGUGUGUUCUGAAAUAUUGAACAUAUGUUUCAUUCAGCCCAAUUUGUUACUGCUGCUCAUAGAUUUAUUGUGCUAGUGAAGUUAUUUAUUCAUAUGGAAUGUUACAGGGAAACUGAAUGUUUUUAUGCUUUGUAUUCACAUGCCUUAUCUGCAUGGGAAAAUGUCUUAUUUCAGCAUAAUAAAUACAUGUGGGGAGAGAAUGUAAGAUGCUUUGGCCGGUGGAUCUAAAAUAAAUUUUUAACUAAACUCACUUGACUUGAUUUUCCCAUUUCAACAAUGCUUAUUGCCCAAUUAACAAUCAAGACUGUUUGUAAUUUCUCUUCACCCCUAGAUCUAAGUAAAACACUGAUUUAAUUCUACCAACCUACUAAUAUUGUGAAAGUUUAACCAUUUUUUGUCUUAGUUUUUUUUAUGUCCUAACUCUGCUUGAAGUAGGGAGAUGCUGCUGUACUGGCUGGGACAGAAGAAAGCAGGCAUGUAGGGCCAUAUUUUAAAUGUACGUGGAUGCCAAUCUGCAUAUUUAGGCACCUAAAUACCUUUAAAAAGCUGGACUUUAGUGUUCCCCCUCCUCUGCUGGGAGACUCCAGCAGCUGAAGGUAAAUACCAUCCUUCUGUCUCCUUCCUCCCAUAUUUUGGAGAGGCUGGGAGGACCACAAACCUGCUGCAGACUUUGAUGGGAGCAGAGACCUAUCAAUUAGGGUGGAAGAGAAAGGGGAUGUGACCUGAGAGGCUAGAUGUCAAUUCUGAAGCAGUUCAGUAAGACAGCCUAUUCUUGUAGCUCCUGCCCUCAGCUGGUUUCUCUUCAGUGGCACAGCAUGUUCCUUCCCCAUAAGGCAGUGGUUUUCAAACUGUGGGUCACAACCAAGUCCUGGGUGGCGGAAGGUAAGGCACUGGGUCGUGAUGACUCUGAUCAGCACCACCAACCGGGCCGUUAAGUCCCUACCUGUUCUGACACCACGCUGCGCCACAGCAGUGGCCAGCAGAAAGUCCAGCUCCUAGGUGGACAGGCCAUGGGGCUGUGAGCACCAGCUCUGCACUCCUGGCCAAUGGGAGCUGGGGGUGAGGAGGGGCAGUGCCACUUGCGUGCCUCUGCUAGGAGCUGGACCUGUUGCUUGCUGCUUCUGGGGCACAAUGUGGUCCGCGGUGCCAGGACAGGCAGGAAGGCUGCCUUAGCACUCCUACUGCACUGCUGACUGGGAGCUGCCUGAGGUAAGCCCACACCCCAACCCUGUGCCCUAAUCCCCUGCCUCAGCUCCCCCAAACCCAGAGCCUCUUUGCACCCCAAACCCCACAUCCAUGGCUCUACCCCAGAGCCUGCACGCCAAACCCCACAUCUGUGGCUCUACCCCAGAGCCCCCUCCCACACCCUGAACCUGCAGCCCAACCCUCUGCCCUAGCCCUGAGCCCCUCAUCCCCAGCUCCAUUAGGUCACUGGCAUCAAUAAUAUUCUUCAACUGGGUUGCUAGAAAAGUUUUGAAAAUAACUGUCCUAAGGCAUCAAAUACCAGUUAUUUGGGAUUUUUAUAAAUUGGGCUCUCGAAGAUAAAGUUGGGGCAGGUGGGCACAAUCAAAAGUUAGGGACUAGUGGCAACUUGCAUUGUGCUUGUGAGGGACUCAAGCUGUAAUAAAAUACUUUAUCCAGCAUCUGUCUGAAAUGCUACCUUUUUAAGCACCUAGAGGUCAGGCAUAAUCAGAGCAUAUUCUGUAGCAGUGUUAAUUCUAUCAUGAAUUUUGCACUGCCACACAGCUGUCAUGCUUAGUGGACUGUAAAAUGUAGCAAUUUUUGGACCUUCCUUGAAGAUGAGUUUUUUGCCAUACUCCUUGGACACUAUCCAAGCCACCUGCUCCAGAACCUCAUCCCUAUUGUAUAUUCCAAAGAAGUAUCUCCUUCAGACAGCCGAAACUGCCAUCCUGUUGCUCCCUGGCUGCAAACUAAACUCUAGCUCAUUCCCUGCACCUUUGCUUCUUGGUUCCAUGGAACAGCUCAGGAGGAAGUAUGCACUGUAAUCAGAUUAACCACACCUUGUAGGGAAAGCUCAAGUGCAAGAUGCAGGACAGGAAGGGCAAAAACCAGUUAGUGUGCCCAGCUACAGCAACAUGGUGAAUGCCAUAGCCAAAAAUGCCAGAUCUACAUUUUAGAAAAGUCCAACUCUGAGUGUGGAAUCAGAUUGUAGAGCUUCCUAAAAUAGAUAAUGCAGACCUACCUCACUUAUUUUCAUGUUCUUGCCAGGCUCUGGCAGGCACCACUGCGUCAGUUUGUACUAUGUUACAUUUCCAAGGUUAUCUCCAUACCUACAAGGGCUAGAAACAUUUUAGAGCAAGAGCUCAGAUAAUAGAGUACAACUCCAUACCAAGGAGUCAAUUCUGCGGCAUAUUCCAUCAUAAUAGAAGUAGACAAAGCCUGAGUAUAGUGUGAUUCAUUAGAUAAUAUUU